AUGUCUUCUUUAAAAAGAAAGAGAACACCAGCUUCGCGCCCUCCAAUCACACCUCGUACCUCUGGGCGACGACUGGGCCACAAGGCUCCAUCAAGUCAAGCCCUCGGCAUUUCAAGUGGUCCCCCUCAAACCCCUAGCGUUUCAUCCGCAAGUCAAUUGCGCACUCCGUUUCCUACAGACACUAGGAUCGAAACAGAUCGGUCCGUGAGGGCUACUGACGAUGACUUCGAUGACCAUGUCAUUGCUGCCAUCGACAUGAAGGACCAUGGAACGGUGGGGUGCUCAUACUACUCAGCCGAAGAAGAAAAGAUGUAUCUGCUCGGUGAUAGUCGUUCAGGGGAUAUAGAGACAAUCGACGCUCUGCUUCUCCAAAUAAAACCUACGGUGGUUUUGACACCUCCCCGUGUCGACCUUAGUUCGCAGACUCAAGAUCAAAAUCUCGCACAAGAUGUUUCUUCUGCCUACCUCCCUUACCAGAUAGACGUUCGUCCAACGCCGGAGUUCAGCUAUUCCAAUGCAGAAAGCAAACUCCUUGCUUUAGAGAUUUCAUCUACACACGAGCAGCGCAUCCGGUUCUUCGUGCCUCAAAAUGGCCUCGCCGGACCGGAAGAAGUGGACCCAGAAGAGAUGGGCUUCACACUUCAAGAAGGAAGACUGUUGCACGUCUCAAGCUCUGUCGACAUGGAGAACCCGGUGACUAUUGGCUGCGCAGGAGCUAUACUCACCUACCUGCAGCGAAGAAGAGCCGCAGCGCCUAGCCCCCUCGAAGAAGGAAAUGAGUAUCGGAUUAGAGCACUGCAGAUGUUCAAUCUACGAGAUACGAUGUGGAUCAACAGCAAUACUUUUACCUCUCUCCAGAUUAUCCAAUCGGAGUCACACCCGAAUAUGUUUAACCAGGGCCCAGGGAAAAAGUCAGCUUCAGGCAAAGAGGGUCUUUCGGUCUAUGGGCUUUUCCAGCACUUUGCAUACACCCCUCAGGGUAGGGCAAGACUCAAGCAAACCUUUUUCCGUCCAAGCGUGGAUCUAGAUACGAUUCGCGAACGGCAUGAUUUUAUAGGAGUCUUUUCCCGCCCUGACAAUCUUGCUGCAUUGGACAAGAUGACCAAAGCAUUGAAACACGUUAAGAACCUCAGACCUGUCAUGGUCAAUCUUCGCAAGGGAAUUAGUACUGGCAGUGCUAAGAUUACUGGGUUCAAAACUACGGUUUGGGCUACUCUUCUUGCAGCUCUCAGGGUCUUUGAAGCAGCACAGCUGUACAGAGUUGGUCGCAUGGUUCAAGAAAUUGUCGACAUUGAUAACUCUGAAGAACAAGGAAGAACAGUGGUUAAGCAAGGAAUUGAUAGAGAACUUGACAAAAUCAAAGACAGAUACGACGGUCUCAACAGCCUUCUCAAGCACGUUGCUCUCGACAUUGCUGCAGCAAUCCCGGCGACUGUCGACGUCGACGUCAAUGUCAUUUACUUCCCUCAGCUUGGGUUCAAUAUUGCCAUUCCACUCAAUGAUCAUGGUGCCGCGGCAUAUACUGGCUCCGAUGAUAAAUGGGAAUUGAUGUUCAUCACUGAGAAUCGGGCGUAUUUCAAAGACUUCCGCAUGAGAGAGAUGGAUGAGAAGUUGGGGGAUAUAUACGGUAUUAUCUGCGGUAAGCCUGCUAAAUUGAUUGGAAGCCAUGGAUAUAGGGAACUGAAAUUUCUCCUUGCUUUCACUCAGGCAGCCAGAUUCUACAAGCUGACUAGACCACGAAUGAUUGAACAAAAUGUGAUCAGAAUCAAGGGUGGCCGGCACAUCCUUCAAGAAUUGGCUGUUUCGUCCUAUGUGCCAAAUGACACAUUGCUCGCGGGUGGAAAUGAGUCCGAGACCAAUGAUGCUGCUUCAUUCACAGAUUCCAAUCCUAGCAUGUUGCUCUUGACUGGACCGAACUACUCAGGGAAAAGUGUCUAUAUCAAGCAGGUCGCUCUGAUUGUCUAUCUAGCACAGAUUGGGAGCUUCGUUCCUGCAGACAGCGCGGAACUGGGAGUCACAGAUAAAAUCUUGGCCAAAAUCAAUACUCAAGAGAGCGUCUCCAAGAUUCAAAGCACAUUCAUGAACGAUUUGCAGCAAAUUUCUCUCUGCCUGAAACAAGUAACAAACCGAAGCUUGGUCGUCAUCGAUGAGUUUGGGAAGGGAACCAACGAAAGUGAUGGCAUCGGACUUGCCUGUGGCAUACUCGAUUAUCUGUUGUGUCUCGAGAGCCCCGCCAAAGUCAUUGCAGCAACUCAUUUUCAUGAGAUUUUCGAGAACAACUUCCUCGCUUUGCGGCCUCGCCUCCAUCUUGGCCAUAUGGAAGUUCAAGUCUGCGAAGAAACCAGGGAAGUCGAGGACCAGAUCACGUAUCUUUAUAACUUUCGUCCGGGGCGGAGUGACAAGAGCUUCGGUACCAUUUGUGCGGCAAUCAACGGUAUCGACCCAGCUAUUGUAUCUCGCGCAAACGAGAUUGCGUCUCUUUCGGCGCGAGGGGAGAAUAUUGUCGCGGCCUGUGCAGUUCUAUCUUCAGAGGAGAUGCAAGACCUAGAAGAAGCGAACUCCCUAGCGAGAGGUUUCCUAGAGAUCGAUUUCUCACGAGGUGGCCCAGACUAUGUCAAGGCAGUCUUCGAAGGCUUGUUCGAGUGA